AAGACCGUAUAGUUUCAUAUACCCAGACUCAAAAGACCUUUAAAUUUCAACAUUGUAAAAUGCGACUUGAUAAUAAAGAAAAACAACAUGGUAUCUUAUGAAAACACGUGUUGAAAAGAUCGAAUUGUUUGUUUAUAUAUUUUAAAAGUUCAUUUGAGUUUUUGAUUAGUUAAAUCUAGAAUGGAAGUUGAUUUUCCCCGAGGUAAAGUUGACAAAAAGAAGCAACAAAAUGUUCUGAGGAAACCUGUUCGAAGAAAAAGAGAAAAGAACCUGUUUAUGACAGAGAGGUCAAAACCAAAAGCUAAAAAAAGAAAAGUUGCGAAAGGUGAAGAAGAUGACGGAAAGAAACGUAAAAUAGAGGGAUCUGUUGAUGCUCAUGGGGCUGUGAAAAUAGAGCUAUUAAAUAAAAAGGUUGUAUGUCCUGGUAUGCUGUUAUUAGGUUGUAUUAGUGAGAUAAGAGAUUAUAAAUUAAUUAUAUCUCUAGCUAAUAAUAUGAAAGGUGUGGUAUCUAUAACUGAUAUAUCUGAUACAUAUACUAGUAAACUACAACAACUAGCAGAAGGGGAGAUAACUGAGGAUGAGGGUGUUCACAGUUUAAAUGAAAUGUUUAAAGUUGGUAUGCUGGUUUGUUGUAAAGUCUCGGAGACCAGACUAAAAGUGACCAAACAGAUUCUGGAUUUAUCGAUGAAUCCAAAACAUAUCCAUGAAAAUAAAACCGCUAAAUUCUUAAAGAACAAUAUGAUAAUAUGUGGAAGUGUUGUUAGUCAAGAAGAUCAUGGUUAUAUAAUAGAUAUUGGUGUACCUAAUACCAAAGGUUUUCUACUCAAUAAAAAUGCUGAGGAGUAUAUACAAAAGAUGGAUGAUAGUGAAUCAUUAAUGGAAGGACAAGUUUUAUGGUUCUGUGUUAAACUGAAAGCAGAUGAAGAUUUAUCAACAGAUAGCCUACAUACAAUACAUCUUACCAUUUCUCCUACAAAAAUAUCCAAAACUAAGAUAAAUGUUGAUCAACCCAUGACAUUCAAUAAUCUGAUGCCAGGUGUUUGUGCUACUGCAAUCGUUAAAAAGGCCAGUGAAUAUGGAUUAGUUGUUCGUAUAGGGAACAAGAUUUGUGUGAUUCAUCCAACUCAUAUUAAUGGAAACCCAACAGAUUAUAAAGAAGAUCAGGAGGUACCUGUAUCAGUACUUUAUAUACAACCAGAAACUAAAUCUGUGUAUUUAACUACACUACCUCAUCUAUUAAACUAUAAUGGUAUAGUAACAGAUACUAUGUUAGAUAAACUAGCUAUAGGAGAUAUUAUAGAUAAUGCUGUUGUAUGUGAAGCUAAUAAGAAAGGUGUUUAUAUCAAGUUACCUCAUGCUCUCACUGGGCUAGCUCAGAAAGGGAAUUUAUCCGAUUCAAAAGUUCAGAAAAUAGAAGAAGAAUUUCCAAUUGGAUCAAAACACAGAUGUCGAGUUGUUGGAUUUAAUUCUAUAGAUAAUUUUGUUAUGGUUUCAAUGAAACAGAGUAUUAUAGAUGUACCAUAUCAUUUUAUAUAUAAUCUAUUUUAG